AUGAUACCGUUUACAGGUCAAGUAAGAACAGGUCAGUAUGUUAGGGGUGAACCUCACCCAGUUGGCUUGAAGAACUUUGUGCUAGCUACAUCCAAUGGUAUACCACUUGACUUUUUGCUAUACCAAGGAAAGGGUAAAGAUAUCACGUCUGGAAAAAUUCCAGUACCUGACAACCUUCAUAUUGGAGGGCAUGUUGUUCUAAAGCUUUCAGAUUCCUUGCCACCUGGGUCAUUAAUAUACAUUGACAGAUAUUUCACAUCUGUCCCCUUUUUAGAUAGUCUCCUAACUCAUGGGCCAAUCUUAGCAAUUGGAACUAUCGUGGCUAAUCAUCUUCCAAAAACUGUAAAUUUCAAGAGAGAUUUAGAUAUGAAAAGGGAGGGCACAGGUUCUUUUGAUCAGGUUGUAAGGAGUGAUCAAAAAAUAGCUGCAAUGAAAUGGUUUGACAAUAAACCUACUUAUGUUGCAUCUUCUGCUUUUGGUGUUCAUCCCACUGUCAAAUUCAACAUUGGUCAAAGAAAGAUAAGGUUUAUGUCCGAAUUCAUAGGCCAAAUGUAG